AUGUCGUGGACUCGUGGUUCGUUUCUAGGUUGGAAUCCCUAUCUUCCGACUGGCCAGAAGCAGACUCCGGUCCUUGCGGAUGACCCGUCCGCGCCUCCGCGCCGAGUCAAGCGUCAGGGCUGGAACCGCGUGGCGGCGGGUUCCCUUCCCUCUCGAACCAGUCAAGCUUGCUCGGUUUCUUUUUGCUCUCCCGUUCGGCAGUACAUACGCCCAGGUUCCCGGACGUUGCGCUGCGUUGUACUGUACCUGCAUCCGCCGUCAUCUCAAAGGCCAUCCUUCUCAGCCCUUGGGCCUUGGCCGCCGAGGCCACCCCCUCUUUCAAUGUUCCCUCGAGGCUCCAAGAGGCACAGCGCCCACAACUCCCGUGCUGGCAUGAGAUGUGGCCGACGCCUUGCCGAUGUACCGCCCCUUGGCUCCCUUUUACUUGGGAGUCGGGACCUGAACUAUGGAUUAGCACGAGCCAAAGAGCGUUUGGUUCCUGAGCCGUUCCUGUCAUUAAACCUAAUCCGGGCCCCUUGGCGACCCAUGAGCGAUUUUCACCCCCUGACAGAGCGCACCCCCCUUUCCUUGUUGGGCCUUGGCCAUGUCUUUCUCCUGGUCUGCUCUCCGACUUUGGCUGAAUCCCAGCGCCUAACCAACUGA